AUGCUGACGAUUUCUUAUAAGGUUCCUCAACUUUUAUCUCCAGUGGUAUCGGCACUGCAACCUUUUCUUGAAAGCUUACUUCAACGUGGUCUGGAAAGAUUUGCUAAUUUAGCAAAAAGCUACAAAGAACUACAGUUAGACUUAGUCGAGUAUUUUGGCAGAUUCAGGCACCGAACAGCUAGAGUUCAUUGCUCCAUCCUUGGAACAACAGCUCCCAUUCUGCUUACAGUGGAACACUUCUCUUCUCUUGCAGCUUACAGUGGGUGUUUAAGUGCUGGAAAUAUGAUGGUGAACAAAAAUUAUAAUUAG